AUGGCGGUCUUCUCGGGCGACGGGGUGUUGUGGCUCUGUCUGGGCAUCUCCCUCUUCUUUGCCGUGCGCGGCAUCACCACAGAUCUUCGCCAAGUGGUCGAUUUGACUGAGAUCAAGAACGUCGAGACAGAAGACAAGAUCAUCAGUGAGGGAACCGAAGAAGGUGCGCAAGAUCCAAGCAAUUCAUACCGAAUGGCAACUGACAUUAUCACUUUUCCAGCUCUCAAAUUAGACACCCUUCUCAAGCUCUCCGAAAGCACAAGUCAUGACCUCCGCUCUGCAGCUCUACGCAUUAUCUCCGAACGGUCCACCAAAGGGGGAACGCGAGACCUGCUUCUAGAGGAUCUGGCAAGCACGAACAAACUACGAAGGGCGCGCGCACUGAACGCAUUGAACUUCCUCGUUUCCAACCGAGCAUUAUCUCGAACCUCAGUAUGCAGCCGACUGAGCGACCUCCCAACCUACACGGCCCUGAUAAACUGCCUCUGCAAUUUCUUAAGCGAACACACCGACCAAACUUCUACAACAAACUCGCCCAUCCUCCCAAAAACCAGACCAAUCGGAGAGAAAAAAGCGCUGAACAUCCUCAAUAUUUUGCUGCCCGAGAAUGUUCCCGCCGCGCUAGAGGCAGGGAUUAUAAGCCGGUGGCUGUGCAAUUAUCCAUUUCCAUGCGCUCUGUCCGAGCCAUCACGGCGACAGGAUGCGGUGAUUCUCAUGAAGACAUGGUUUCUAGACGACGGCGUCAUGAGCUCGAUAUUCAACACGCUUACCAAUUACAAUGAUGGCAUAAAGCAGCUGCGGAAACAUGGGUUGAUGGGGAGUAUGAUUGAAGAGAAUGAUCAGGACGAUGAGGAUGAUGAUGACGAUGUGUGGAUGGUUAAUGGGGAGGAUACCGCGGGUUCGACGAGGCGGGUCUCUUUGGGGCGCCGGCUGCAAGAAGGGAGCGUCGAGGAGCAGGCGCUGAGACGGCGAAGAAGGGAGGCCAUGGUGCUGAGUGACGGUGGACGGCCUCUUCGGGGUGAUGAUAUUAUUCAGCGCCCUGUGGAUUUCUAA